AUGAAUUUGGCCCAGUGCCGUAAAUUACAUAGAAGGUCACAAGAACCAUGGCGACAAUCCCUCAUCGCAAUACAAAUUUACAGCUUCUUUCCCCACAUCUCUCACUCUCUCUUUUUAUCUCUCCCUCUUUAUCUCCCCAUUCACUCUCACACUCUCUACUUCUUCUCUCCUUCUCUCACUCUGUACCCUUUCUCCCUCUUCAUGUCCAUCUCUCUGUCUCUCUCUGUACCUCUUUCUCUCUCUCUCUCUCUCUCUCUCUCUCUCUCUCUUGCGUGCGUGCGCCUCCGCCCUUUCGAAGUCUUGAUAUUUACUAAACUUAGCUUAAUCUAUCUCGUGGAUAUAGUUUUACUCAGCGGCUUUCCAGUUUCAUAUGAACAGGAUAAAAAAUGCCGACCAACGUGUAAUAAAGAUGAUCGAAAUUUCUUUCUUUCUUUCUUUCUUUCUUUCUUUCUUUCUAUCUCUGCUUACCACACCCUUAUCUUACAUACCACACGCUUCUCUCUCUUUCUUUCUGUGAUCAUCCUUUUGUAUUUACGAAGUCCUUCUUUCUCUCUCUCUCUCUCUCUCACCCUCCCUCUCUUUCUCCCCUUAUCUAUUGUUUAUUUUAUUUUUGUUUUUCACUUUGUUUUCUACCUCUCUCUCUCUCUCUCUCUCUCUCUGUCAUUUAUAAUCUCUCCAUUUUCUCCCAUGUACUCGUCCACUCUCUCUCUCUCUCUACUUCUUUCUUUCUUCCUCUCUAUUUCCUCUGUCCCCUCUUUCUUCAUCUCAUUUCUCUGUAUUGCUUACUUUUCCUCUUGUCUCCUCCUCCUCUUUCUUUAUAUUUCAUUCUUUUCUCUGACUCCCGCCCUCGUUCACCUUGCCUCAGUCUCAUUCAUCUCUCUCAUAUUUUUCUUACAUUCUCUCGCACUUCCUUUCUUCUAUUGUCCUUCUCUUUUUCUCAAAUCUUUUAUUCUCUAUUUCUCUCCUUCCUCUAUUCACCUAUCGUUCCUUUCACCCACAAUCUCCCUCUCUUCGUCUUUCUUCACAUUCUCCUUGCAUUUUCACCCCCUCCUCUUGUCUAUUUCUUUGCUCCUUAUUUAUCUGCUUCUGUUCUUAUUUUCCAAUAUUUUUCUUCUUUUCCACCACCCAUCUCUCUUUUCUUAUUUAUUAUCUACUUUCUUCUCUAAAUUUAAUUUAUUCCCCUUCCCUAACACUUCUUGUCUCAUUUUCCUAUCUUUCACUUUCCCCGUAUUCAUUUUACUUUAA